AGCUGAGUUGGGUAUAGCUUUCAAAAAGAGCCUAGCUCGCGAGCUCUUUCAUGGUGUUUGAAUGAGAAAAUGCCAAUCCGAUGGCAUGCUGACUCAAGAUCAGGUAUCAAACAAGCCCGCCAGAACCUCUCCAUGUAUGUUUGUGUUGUCGAGUUUGGAAGAUCAAGAGAAGAUCAGGCAAGUUUGUACUAUGGAGAGGAAACGCAAAGACAUAGAUCUUCAAGGCUUUGAUUUGAAAAAAUGGAGCAAAUUGAAUGAACGAGAGAAGCAGAGCAGACUUUCCUACUUUACAGUGUUGCAACACUCUGUGCGCUGCAUGCAAUGUGGCCCAACGUUGUGGCAACUUAAAAGCCAUCAUCACAACAUUGGUAACAAAGCAAUGCGACAGUAUAAAUGGUUAGCGCGCACGUCAGGCAUCCAAUGUUGUUUCAAAGCAUUUUUUUCAUUUUUUAAUUAUUAA